AUGGUUAAAACGCACUCUAAUCCUAAAAAUAUUAGAGUUACAGCCAAGGCUCCCAGAAAAAGUACUACUACAAGGCCAACGGAUUUGUCUACUUCUUCUGGGCGAAAGUACACUUCUCUUAAUAAUUAUGUACCCAGGCCAGUCCCAGCAUGGCAAAAAGAAAUCACUACAUUUUUCCAUAGAAUGGAAGAAUCUGAUAGUUCUGGUCCAUCUACAAGUGAAAAUAAUUUAAAUACACACCAGGAAGACCAGGAAUCAGAAGAAAGCAAUUAA